AUGGCACUGAACGGCCAAAAGUCGUAUCGGGUUUUUCUGGGCGCACCACCUGCUUCUGCAUUGAACUCUGAAGCAACAUACCACUGGCAGACCUUCUCUUCUGGUUCUCUGCCUUCCCAGCCAGCCUUGACAAAGAUAAUAAGCAGGACAGAAUCGUUUUUCCUGCCUCCUGCAACCUUGGAAGCAGCCAGUCGACGAAUUUCACUGAUCUAUCAGAAUGCCAUCUUUGACCAGAGCGUUGAGGAUGAAGACCAGAGUUUGCGAGAAGAUUCUAUUCGCAGAGAGGGCUCGACGCUCAUUAGCUGGCCUCCUACGGAACCACAGGAGCAAAACGACAAGAAUGAGGGGCUUACCUUUCUGCUAACAUCCCAGGAGGAGAUAUCCAAGGUCAAUUCUACGACUGGCUUUGGCUUGCUCGACUCGACGCGCUACGAAACUCAAGGGGAAACCCAAAGCUACGGCAAUUAUUCUGAUUCUUCUUCCAUCGCUCGAUUUCCGACAUUCCAUUUCAACAUCCAAGCGUUAACACCCUUGUCGUAUAAGAUUCCACCGCGCACAAGGUCUGUCAAAGUGAACGCGCUGUUGGCAGUGCUCGAAGUGGAAGGGCCGGACAAGAUUAGAAUCAAGAAGGGCCCGGAUGCAGGGAAGGAGGUGGGGAUUUUGAAGAUGAUUUUGGGUGACGAAUUGGGGAAUGUCGCGAAGCUGACGGCGUGGAGGGAGGUUGCAGAUGAAUGGGGAGGCAUAAAUGAGGAGCCUGGCACUAAACGCGGAGACAUCAUCCACCUCGAGAAUGUCCUGAUGGCAUGCGAACAAGGGAUGUCCCCCACACUGACGGCCUCUCCGAACCUCAAGUCCAAGAUGACGAUUUGUUACAGAACUCUCCCUUACACCCACGAAGAUGGGAGGCUACGGCCAGACCUGCGUUUGGGCGACAGUGACCCGUGUGUUAGGAGAGUUGCUGCUGUCGUACAGUGGUUCGAAAAUAUGAUUGGUCUGCCGGGACGAUGA